AUGUCUGUAGCAGCCUUUAUCUUGGGGAUUUUUUGGCUCUGGGGACGCGUGGAAAAGGCCUCCGACGAACGCAAGCUGGCUCUACAUCAGCACAUGCCCAUUCCAUCCGAAUGCACCUACUCAUCGGACCAGGCCAGCGUGAUUGUGGUCCCCACCGUGACAAUCCCAGAGCACAAGGACCGAGUCCUCCCCGCCGUGGCCAACACUUCGCUAUCGGCUGCCGAUUUCGCCAAAGUCACAGUCCUUGAAUCGACCCCGAAGGGCAAGAGGGCUCAGCUGAGCUUGGGCAUCCGACACGCCAAGGGUACCACCCUCGCUACCUCUGAUGACCACAUCUCUUACGAUCGAAAUUUUCUGAAUGGAAUGCUGCCUUGCCCCGAUGAUGAGACUGACAGGCAAAGCAGAGACGUUAUCACCCCGUGGGAAGUUGCAGCCAUGCGCGUCGCCGUCGCCUGGCAUCGCAGCUCUCAACUCAAAGCCAUGUAUGCGCUGCAGUCGCACCGCUGGACAAUUGCCAUCCAGGCGCUGCCCGAGACGGAAGUGCGCCGUACAGUGAAGAUCUCGUCUGAUCUUCUCAAGCAGAUAUUCCGUUGGGAGCGUAGUGCCACAUAUAUACGACAGUGUUUCGUGGUUCGAAAGACGUGGGGACGGCUGUUGCGUCUCGUGCUGACUACCUGCCACAUCCUCGCCUGGGUCUUUGCCUUUUUGUCUGGAGAUCGGGCUUGCGGCUUUGCGUCGUUGUUGAUCGCUUGGUACAUUUUCAAGUCGUAUCCGAGUUAUCGAAACUUCUUUGCUAAAUAUCCCUAUACGCGUCGCACUGCUCGUGCUCUGGCCAGUCGUCUACACUACACUCAACUCGAUUAG